CCGAUAGAGUAAUUUGUGCACAUCAAUUGUGACGUAGAACACACUUCCGGUGAUAUUUUAUGAAGGCGAAGUUCAAACGAUUUUACUUUCAAGACCAAGGUAGACAACAACAGACAUGGCCAGCCGUUUUCUCACCCGAAUAUCAUCCCGACUUGGAACACAGAUAAAACCAUUGGCGACAUCAAAUGUGACCUAUGCUGUCCUACAACGAUGUACACAAAAUAUUUUGGUCACAGCACCAAAAUGUUUGUCAACAACACCUGCCAGAAUGUGUCUAGUAGAGACAAAGUUUGAGGCGUUCAAUGUUCAGGAUACAAAAGACUACCAGAAAAGAGUUAUGGAAAGUAGUAUCCCAAUCGUUGUAGACUUCCAUGCAUCGUGGUGCGGUCCUUGUAAACUGUUAGGACCACGCUUGGAAUCCCUUGUCUCAAGUAAGGAGGAAAGAUUUGCACUAGCCAAAGUAGAUGUGGAUGAAAAUAUGGACUUAGCUCUUGAAUAUGAUAUAAAGAGUGUACCAACAGUUCUUGGAAUAAAGAAUGGGACAGUUCUGGUUAGAUUUAUUGGACUUCAAGAGGAUGAUAAACUGAACUCAUUUAUUGAGAAAUUAAUACACUGAGUGGAAAAGACUGGAGAGAAAAUGAAGCAGAGACCUAGCUCAAAUUAUAUUGAUGUAAAAUCGAAUGCUUGAAGCAAAUAUUAUGAGAAAUCAAAAUUUGAAUGAAGAUCACUAUUAUCUAUAUACUCAAAGUAGAUGUCAAAGAUAUGAGAAAGAAGUGAAUGACUGAAGACCCUUCCCUUUUAAAAAGAAAGUGAAAAAAAAAAAAGUGAAUUUUUUUUGUGAAAAAAAGAAUGACGACACAUAUAGUUUUAUUUAAAUCCAUGUAACAGUGUUCAAUUGUGUUGUGAGGAAAAUAUUUCCAAGCAUUAAUUUUUUAUGAUGAGAACACUUUUCAUAAAAGUAUUCUACUGAGUACAUGUAUAUCAUUUUCACUUAUCCCUAUGAGGACUAUUGCUGUUGGAUAUAUAUCUAAUGGAGGACUCCAGCAAUACAUUCUAUACAUGCAUAUGCUUGAGAAACUAUAUUCUAUUAUAUAGUACUGUUAUAAUUAGAACACCAUAUGGGUUUGAGUUUAUCAAACCUGAGCCCUCUCAUUCAGUAGAUAUUUUACUGUAUUAGUCCUGAGAUACUGACCACAGCCACUAUUUAUUGUCUCCCGAAUACAAUGUACUAGGUGUUGAUGAAGGAAAAUGAAAUCUAUAUAUAGUGUAAGAUUCUACCAAGUUAGGUUUGGGUGUUGUUGUUUUUUUCAUUAUGAUAUAUUUGUAGCAUUGAUAUGUAGUUAAGUUCAUAAAAUUAAUUUGAGAAAUUGUUGAUGUCACAAAGGUACAGAUUGAAUCAGUGUGAUAUACUUUUUGACAAAUAUAACCAUACAAUUUCUGCUUUUAUGACAAUUAAAAUCCUGAAUGUAAUAUGCAGUCUAGAUAUUCAAAUUUCUAUCAUUGUUUGAUUAAAAUGAGAAAUUUGUCCUUGCAUAGACAUUAUGUUUGAUACUAUAUAAAUCUGGUAGUAAAACAUUUUCAUAGUAAUCAAUGUAUUUAAAAGACAAAAUAAGCAAAAUAUUAUUAAUAUACAAAAUAAUACAAUUACAAAAAUAUAGACAGUUGUAUUCUAUAUUGUUCUAUACAUGUAUGAUGUAUUGCUAAAUCCUGGAAAAAAUUAUUUUAUGUGUAAAGAUAAUCCUUAAGCAUUAUCCUCUUGUCGGCUCGGAUAGCCAUGUUCAUUUGUAAUGAAACAAUGUCCUCACUCUACUGACUUCAUCAAUGAUCCAAUUACCCUGAAGCAUCGUACACUCACGACAAUCAUCUCUUGUACACAUUUGCCUUUCAACCACCUGUAUCAAAAAUGAGGUCACUGUUACAAUACAGUACAAGUAGAUAGAUUUUCAAUGUCCUAGUUCUUUCUAUUGACUUGAUUAUCAAAGUUUCCUUAAGCUUACUACAAUUACAACUAUCAUCUUUUGUACAAAAUUACAUUUCAACCAUCUGAGGUCAAAUUGAGGUCAGUGCUAGCUACUGUAAGUAAAUAUUUGAAGUGCAUGCUGAACUGACUUCAUUAAUUACCUGGGUCCAGUUGUUCAAAAGGUGAUUAGCUUAAUUACUUGAUUAGUGAAUAUCUCAUUUAUCCCUUCUGCUCAAAACCUUUGUAUGCAAGGUAAAAUAGGCAAGUGGAAAGAAAUUGAAGAGUGCUACAAAAUUUCAUAAACUUUAGUCAGGAUAGUUUUGCCAGAAAUGAUUUUAUCAGGAUAUAGACUUGUUGUUAAACUAGGAUUAGACUAUGAUAACCUUUUGAAUAACUGGGCCAUGAUAGUCCUAAUCAGAAACUUAACACACUUACAGCUACUGUUCAGAAUUACUAUAAAUUUCUUGAUCGAUUAUCUCCAUUUCUUGAAUGAUCCAUUAUCGAAGGCUGCACGUGUAUUCAGAGUGGAAGGUCCCAGAAUUUGAAAUUUUAUUGUUCACGAAUGAAAUGAUAGGAGUAGUACAUGUAGGUUACUUGAAGGUUUUCUGGAGUUUGAGAUGUUUUCAUUUCCAUUUGAAAAAAGAGAUCUUGUCAAAUUUGUAGGUUAAAAUAAUGUUUUAUGAUUUGGGAAUACAUGUAUUGUAUAUUUUCAUAAAAAGGAAUAUCACAAUUUAAAGUGUUAAAAGCAAAAAAAUACUGUUAUGAAUGUAAAUGAUAUUUAAUCAACUGGCUAGCAGGGUACAGUCUUGAACAAUUCACAAGCUUACCUAGUGGUCUCUGAUUCGUCAGUGUUGAAUGAAAUGUGAGAAAAGUUUAUAAGAGAUCAAAGUGUUGACUUAUGUUAACAUUACCUGAUAUUGAAUUGUUAUAGUGGUCGGGACGAAGUCCUGGAGAGCUAUUACUACACUCUUGGUGUUAACAUGACCUGGUAUUGAAUUGUUAUAGUGACAAGGAAGACGUCCUGGUGAACUAUUACUAUACUCUUGGUGUCAGCAUCUGUAGACAGCGGGGUUAUCAAAGCUUUUAUAAAACAGUAAUAAAAUACUUCGGUAUUUCACAUGUGUGUUACUUUUGACAAGGCCUUUCCAUUGGUACAUUUGUGGACCUACUGAAAUUGACCAUCACCUUUGACCUACUUUUAAAAACUGAUGAAUUUCAACCCACUCUUCGAUCUAUGUUACCUCUUGUUCAAGUUUCUGAUGUGCUGGUUAUACCUUCCAUUUGCUCUGUUGAAGUGCACAAAAGACAGUAUUCUAUUCCUUUUGUACCAUUGUAAUUAUUUCAUGAUGGGUAUUUGAUAUACAAGCCCUCUAAAGACUAUGAUAAAGAUGUGUAUACUGAGUAAUUCAUGUACAUAUACAUGACAGUUCGUACAAUUAUAUUUAUCUAAAAAUUAAGCUCAACCAAAUUGCAACACAUGUUAUUGUUUUAUUGUUGAUUAUCAUAAUAUGAUGAGUUCACCUUACUUUAAACCAGAUGUUGUACAGUGUAUGUUUUGGCCCCACAACAUUAUGGGAUAGACUUAUAAUUAAUAUUCAGAGAUCAAUUAGAAGGUGUUUUCUCAAUAGAAAAUUAGGGAAGUUUUAAUUCUUUCUUAGGGAGUUUAAGAAUAUCUCUUGAUCUGUCAUUUGAAUUAAAUGUUGAAAAGUCCGCAUGUCUACAUCUGUAGUGAGAUGGGCACUGCCAACUGUAUACCAGUAUUACAUAACCGCUGUCCCUGAACAAUAACCACAUGAUCAGUCCAGCACAAACGUCCCUGUGAUGAUGGAACACUCACUCCCUUAAACUCCUAGCUACUCCUACCGAAGUUACGUAUACCAUCUUUCACAACAUACCUGGAAGCAUGGAUGAGAAAAUUGCGGACAAUUUGGUAGACAGACGGAGACGGACGAACGAGCAGGGAGGAAACCUAUAGCUCCCCUUCUUCUGCUGCUUGCGUGUUUCUGAGUUAUUUUGCCGUUUUAUGGGUUUUUUUUCUACAUGGUAAAUUAAAUUUGUUUAAACAGAAUAUAUAUACUGAGAUUGGCAUUGUGUAUACAUUGUGCAUGUACAUUUUUCAUUGUACGUCUCUGAUAUAAUUAUCCUUGUGUUGAAACAUGUACAUAAUUGUAUGUUGUGCGUGUAUGUCCCUGAUUGAAAUCUUAAAUGAGAUGAUUAUGUAAUUUCAAAGAUUAUUAGUGCACGCAUGAAAUAAAUAUGUAAUGACAUAAAUGGUAGAUAAAAUCAUUGCACAUAA